GGUAAGACAGGAAGGCAGGAGGCCAUGGACCUUGAAAGGUUGCAGUGAUCCACCAGGGCUCCUGGUGGUGGGAAGAGGCCCAUGGAACAGCCCCCGUACCUGGAAGGUCCACUGUCUUGUCAGGAGGUCCGGAGCGCCAUUCUCUAUGCCUUCCCAUCUGCUGUCUCUCAAGUAGCCCCAUCAGAUGAGCCCAUUCGAGGUGCCACCCUUGGACCUUAUGCUACAGGAACCAGACCGAGCUCCCCACCCUGCAUAGCUGGUGCAAGUCCAAGUGCUUCCUCCAGCCUCGCUGCCAAGGUAUUCUGGGGAAUGGGCCCGAAGAGGGUGGUCCUCAUCAUCUGCCUUCUCUUCCUCAUUGUGCUGCUGGUUGCCCUCAUCCUGCUCUUUUUGUUCUGGCGAUCCAGCACCGGCAUUGUGUACAAGCAGCCAGCAGAGAGCUGCAGUGACCACGCUGUGCGAUGUGAUGGGGUUCCUGACUGUUCUCAGAGGAGCGAUGAACUGGACUGCGUGCGCUUUGGGUGGAACCAGUCCUUGCUCCAUGUCUACUCAGGAGCAGACAGGGAGUGGCUGCCUGUCUGCAGCCAAGCCUGGACCGAGGCCUUCUCCCAAAAGACCUGUCAGCAGCUUGGAUUCCUUAAGUUUUCCUCUGGCUGGGUGCUCGAGAAGAAGAGAGAAGGUCUUUCUCCCAGGCAGGCAGACCCACUUGGGGAUUCUGAGUGCUCCCCUUGGCUGCUGGCUGCAGGCCCUGUUUCUCACUUAACCUCUGGCUUAUUGGUCUCCUCUAUAGCUCCCAGUGCCGUUCUGGAAAACUGUGGGCAACGGAUAUCCGGCCGCAUUGUGGGAGGCACUGAAGCUUCUGCCAGUAAAUGGCCUUGGCAAGUGAGCCUCCAGUAUGGCUCUGCUCACAUUUGUGGUGGCACUAUCAUUGAUGCUCAGUGGGUGCUGACCGCAGCCCACUGCUUCUUCAUGAACAGUGUGAAAAUCCUGGAUGAAUGGAAGGUCUAUGCUGGUGUCUCUGACCUCAAGCAGACGAGGGAGGGAAUCCUGGUCUCGGAGGUCAUCAUUAAUGCUAAUUACAGUGAUGAUCAUGAUGACUAUGACAUUGCCCUGAUGAAGCUCGCCCAGCCCUUGGUCCUCUCAGCCCAGGUUCGCCCAGCCUGCCUCCCCAUGUCAGGCCAAAGGUUUCUUCCUGGGCGGGGCUGCUUCAUCACAGGCUUUGGCAAAAUCAGUGAAAAUGAAGAGAAUACAUCGCCCAAGCUGCGGGAAGCAGAAGUGAAGAUUAUCGACUAUCGGCUCUGCAACAGCCGUAAUGUGUACGAGGGGUUCCUGACCCCCCGGAUGAUGUGUGCUGGGUUUUUGCAAGGGGGCAAAGACUCUUGCCAGGGUGACAGCGGUGGCCCCCUGGUUUGUCAGGACAGUAAUCGAUGGUACUUGGCUGGGGUCACCAGCUGGGGAACUGGCUGCGGCCAGCGAAACAAGCCAGGUGUCUAUUCCCAAGUCUCCAAGUUUCUUGGUUGGAUAUACAGCCAAAUGGAGAGUCAGACCCCCUAGAAGAGGACAACACCGCAGCCCUUUCUGGAGAAGUGGAACGAGCUUGUGAAGGUGGGCGACUGCACCUCCUCGCCCUUGGGCCACAAGGACAAUGGUGGGGCUGGGGACAACUGGG